GACAGAGGUCGCUAGUGCUGAUCUGAAAAGUCAUGGCGGAUAUUUUUCAGUUUUAAUUUAUUAUAAAUUUACCUUCUAUUUGGUUGGUAAAAUAUUGUCGGCGUCGAAGUGUUAAAAGUUUGGUCUGUUCACGUAGUGAGAGCGCCGUGACAAGUACGUUGAACAAAUUUUUAUAUAAUAUUAGCACCGAUUCGCCAUCGACAUAUCAAAAAGGACUGACGGAUCGUCUCGAAUUUCGUCUGUCUCAAUAAACAAGGGAAAAACCAUAAAAAUUCGACGUCGCAAUAUUAAAUACGUCUAGUAUGAUACAAUAAGUGACGGAAUAAUAGAGACGUCAUCAUAUAACGGUCACAGAACGGGCGGAUAUCGAGGUAGAAUGAAUGAAGGCGCGCCAAUUAUGUACAAUGGGAGUGGAUUCGACGGGCCUGGCGGGAUGUACAUGGUGCAAGGGCAGACGCGCCACUAUCCCCUCGAAGUAUUGCACGUGAUGGGCGGCAUCAACUCCCCCAGGCAAGGAACUCCGCGGCGCUGGCAGCCGCGCAAGGACCGCCAACCGUCCAAACCUGACAAUGCCUUCAGCUACGACUCUGAUGAUUCAAGCCUUUCAAGCAACGCGUCUGGCUCUAACAAAUCAAGCGACAAAGGUGAAAGCAGUAGCAACAGCGGCAAACGUGAAAGGGAUCGAGACAGCGGCACGGUGUCGCGCGAGUGGCGCGGGCGCGGGCGCCGCGACCCCCGCCCGCGCCGCUUCGUGCCCGAGCGGCUCAUCGGCGCCUCCUACCCCUUCCAGGUCAAGUUCGCGCCCGACAAUCUGCUUAACGGUUCCCAGUAUGACACUUUGUCACAGGAGAUUUGGGACAAGUUUAUGAAGUCACAGCAGACUGAAGAAACCUUCCGCAAGAAGAUGAACCUGUGGAGAUUUCUAUACGUAAAUAUAAAGGCAAUAUUCCCCCGAUACGGACUAUACGUGGUGGGCUCGACGAUGUCGGGCUUCGGUCUGGACUCGUCCGACAUGGACCUGUGUCUGUACGUGCGCGCGCUCGCCGACCUGGAGCCGCGCGCGCACGCACUGCUGCACCUCAACCACAUCCUCAGCUACAUCAAGAGCUUCGACCCCAGCGCCGAACUGAUCCACGCGAAGGUGCCGAUCCUCAAGUUCCGCGACGAGCGGCACGGGCUGCAGGUGGACCUCAACUGCAACAACGUGGUCGGCAUCCGGAACACCAACCUGUUGCACUGCUACUCCAGAAUGGACUGGCGCGUGCGGCCGCUGGUGGCGCUCACGAAGCUGUGGGCGCGCGCGCACCGCAUCAACGACGCGCGCCGCCGCACGCUGUCGUCGUACGCGCUCACGCUCAUGGUCGUGCACUUCCUGCAGUGCGGGGUGUCGCCGCCGGUGCUGCCGCGCGCGGGCGAGGUGUCGCGCGGGCGGGCGCUCAACCGCUGCUCGCUGGGGGAGCUGUUCCUCAACAUGCUCAAGUAUUACGCAGACUUCCCGUACGAGCACAGCGCCAUCUCGGUGCGCGCGGCGCGGCGCGUGCCGGUGUGGGAGUGCCGCAUGCGCGCCGCCGCGCAGCCGGGCGCCGACCCCGCGCACUGGAAGCUGCUCUGCGUUGAAGAACCGUUCGACCUGUCCAACACAGCGCGCACCGUGUACGACCCGGAGACGUUCGAGAAGAUCGUGGAAGUGUUCCGCGAGAGCCACGCGAGACUGUCGGCCGGCCUGCGCCUGCAGGACGCCUGGCCGCAGCGAUGAUACGUGCAGUGCGUGCUCAGUGCAGUGUGUUCAUGUGCAGGACACUGGUGCAGUGCAGUGCAGUGUAUUAUAGUGCAGUGACUUGUUUGUUACAUCGUACACUUGUGAAUGGCUUCUGUUGUACUACUCGCUUUGAUGAUCCCCUAAAGUGAGCUGACUUUGUCUUUGAGCAUUUUUUUUUAAUAUGACCAAUAUUUCCAUUCCCCUCUAUUAGUAGGGAAAGACUGUGUUAGGAGUGGGUACGACAAUAGACCAACAGGAUGGGGAUCGUACCACCACCCCUCAGUGAUAAGUCUGACCGCUCUUACCGUUGAGCUAUUGAGACAUUUUAUGGUACAAUUUAUUAAUAUAGAUUGAGAUUUAAACAUCAAUUCUCUUUAAAGUAAAGUGAACUUUGAUCUGUUGUGAUUAGGUCCACUUUGCUUUGAAGAAAGUUGUGGUAUAAAUCUUAAUCCCAUAUCUAUAAAUUUUCAAAGCAAAGUUUCUUGUUAUUGUUUGUACACUAUCAACUGUUAACAACGAAUUUGAUCAACUCGCGAGUAGUGUAUUAGGAGUCUUAUGGAAUAAAUGGACAAUUGGACUUAAACACAAUUUAAGUGCCAUCACACUGAGUAUGGUGCUAAUAUAAAAAUCUAACUAGUGCUACCAAAAAGUUAGUGUAACUAAUUAAUUACACUUCACCAAUUAUGGUUACUAAUUUAAUUUUUAUCAUUUACUCUAAAUUAAUCUUGCCUAUACCGAGUAAUUCCCGUGAAUUUAAUUGUUUAAAUUUCAUGAUACUCGCAUGAAUGAAAGUAAAGUUUAAAUUGGUGGAUGUAAUUGUGUAUUUGUGUUUAAAUAUUCACAAAUGUAUGUUGAGUUUAUUAAGGUGAUAAUAAUACGGUUUUUCUAGUGUCUUAUCAUGAUAGGCAAGGUCAUAGUGAAUAUGACACUACUUUAGCCCAGUGUAUAGAGCAGAAAAAGUCCCAAUAAGAUAUUUCAAAAUCUUGAAUAAAUUAAAAUCAAUUAAACAGGAAAAUACUUGUAAUUGCAUUUGUAGUUAAAUCAAAUCAUAGUGUUGUCACUUUAAAACAACCUAUGUUAACAUGCUGUAUGGAAUAUUGCUCAAGAAAAUACUAUGAAUUUUUUUGAUAUGAAAUUCAUUUUGCUUGUACAAAUUCAAUAUUAAUUAUUGAUUGAGCCAUUGCUGACAAUAUGCAAAUUUAUUUACAUUGUGUCAUUUUGUGUGUAAGUGAUCUUAUGACUCAUAUGACACAGUGUUUUUGCUAUGUGAGAAAAUUCACCAAUUUAAGCUGGAUUCACAUUUUGCCAGUAACUGACCAUGUAAAUGUUCCUCAAUUGACGAUUAUUUAUAAACAUCUCUUGCUCACUGCACAAAAUACUGAAAGCCUUUUUAAAUUUAAGCACGCCUUAAAUUUUUCAUGACAUCAUCUGUGUAUUUUGUACAUAUGGAAAAGCUCAAAAUAUCUCUAAAAUACUGACCACAGUUUUGGCUAACUAUAUACUUAUGGUGUGGCUUGAGUGAUCAAUAAGUUGUUCAAGGUACUUUCUAAUCAUCUCACAACAUUAGACAAUCAAUACAGACUAUCUUUCAAGUUUUAUAUGCUAUUCUACUGUAGGUUAUUUUCCAAGGCAAAAGUAACAAAUAAUGUCAGUAAAAAAAAGUAAUCAAUUGUCAAUGUGGUUACAAAGUCCUAAAAAAAAUAUAUUUUUCAAAUAAAAAUACUAUAAUGAUAUUAUUAGUAUGUAAUGUGGCUAACUGAUGUGCUAGGUAUAUUAUAAAGCAUUGUUUACAUUGAGAGAGUGGGUGCACUGUCAGGAUAAUAAAUAUUAAUUAUUGUUGAGCUACAUCUGAUGUUAAAUAUAGUACACCCAUAUUUGGCUAAUAAGAUUUUCAUAGAUUAUAUGUUAAUUUUUCACUUAAUUUUUGCUUUAGAAUAUUUAUUUAGGUUAUUUAAAUUUUUAAUGUAAAGUUACUUAGUUAGUUAUAUUUAUUAACAUAACUUGGGCUUUGUGUUCACAUUAGUUUUAUUAUCUUUGGUAACUGUAGCUAUACCAUCAAAUGCCUAUUUGUGACAAUAACAAAUUAUAUUGAUAAGAUUGAUAAAUCAUCAAAAUUACAGUGGACAACCAGUUGUUAAUGUUCUGGGAGUGUCAUUCAGUAGGAAUAGUGAAUAGCUUUCUCCAUGUAAACGAGGCUUAAUUUACAUAUUUAAUAGGAUACAGUCCCAAGUAGAGGCCAGUCGAGCCAGCCAUAGGUACAAGGGUGUACGGCUGUUUUACUAUUUCUUUUAACAAUUUUAUUGUUGUUUAAUAUUCAAAUUAUGUGUUUCUUUAAUUAUUAAUAUUAAAUUUUUAAUUAUCAUGUUAACUUUGUGAUCAUUAAAAUAUUUACAUAACAUUUUUAAAAGUACACUUUUCAAAACGAUUUCUAAAACACUUGAUGUUUUACAGAACAGUUACCAUACCUCUUAGACCACUGAUAUCCUGCACCUUUUCUGUAACAAUGUUUCUAACAUUGACAUUGUGAGUUAAAGAUUUGUCUAUCUCUAUUACUCACGAUAUAAUAGUAUCGUGUUAGACAGAGAUAGAGACAAAUUUGAAGCUUAUACUGUCGAGUUAUAGAAACAUCUUCACAGAAUAGCGCUACUGAUAUUUCUACUUGCAACGAAUUACCGUCCAAAGAGAGUAUGAGAGUGAAUAUUAUGACUAUAGGCUAAGUUACACGAAGAUAGUUUUUCAAAUGCAAGUGACAGUUUCUUUCUGGCAAUAAAUUGGUGACCGGGAAAGUAACUAUUGCUUUUAUUUGAGAAUUUUUCAGGUAAAAUCAAAACUUUCAAAUUAUUAAAAGUAAUUUGCCUCGUCUAGUUAUUAUAUCAUUUUAUUGAUCCUCAUACAUAUGGCUGGCUUGAAAUAUUACAAUAAUAUGAUAACCUCGCCGGCUGUGAUAUGCGACUGACUCCCUGUAAAUAUAGCCUAGUUGUAGCUCACUUAGUACUUAGACGAGAGCGUCCAAAGUCUGGAGUACGAAGAUAUGUAUGAUGAUCGCACAUUUGACAGCACCGUAGUAAUUCAAUGACUUUUUAACUUGUCACUGACUUUAUAUUUUGUGCAUUUCUGUUGGGUUCAUGAAAUUUUUUUAAGGUUAUUGUACAGUUUUACUCCUCUGCGUCUAAUGCAUUGUGUUAAUGUGUGCUGAUAGAUGUGCAAUCAACUUAAUGACGGAAUCACCUAUACUCAAACUUACAUGAGAUUUUGAUGCCAACUAGUUUUACAUUGCUGAAUGUACUGAACGAUGGUGAUACAGGAGUUUUUGGAUGUGUGAUUCUGCCAUUUAACUCAAAAUGAGAUGUUUAUGUAAAUACAUCACUGUGGCUAAAAUUGUUCCUAAAUACAGAAAAAAUACUGUUAUCUAAAUAUGUGAUAAAUUAUACGAGUAUGUCGAUUUAGUCUGCAAGUUUAGCGCAAUGAUGGAUACCUAGUCACUGAAGUUUAGUGAUAGCAAACUGUCAUAGUUGAUAACCUAUCUAACCGUAAUCUGACGAACAAUUGCCUACCAAUGAUAUUUGUUAAUAAUCAUCCAUCUAUAAUAUACAAAAUAAUAAUUUUAAACAAAGUUAGCAAUGAUUCAAUGAUUUAUUGUUAGAUGGUUAUUGAAAAUGACGUUAAAACUGGUUUAUUCCUUUGUAUUCCCACUCUUAUGAUCCUUGACUUUAAAAUACUUUGGUUUUUGUAUGUUUUUUAAUAUAUAAAACGUUUAAUUUUUGUGUUCCAAGUGUCAUCAGAAGUGGGAUUAUUGUAGAUUAAACCCUAAAACUACUAGCUAUAGUAAAUCUCCACUAAUAAUUGAGCCAUUCAUAUAUUUUAAGGGGAUAUUGUUAAAUAUUAUAUAUUUUAUAUAUCUAAUAUUAUGUUUAAAACUAAUGCUACUAUGAAAAUUAUAUGUUUUGAAUCCCAUAGUGCCAUUGUCCAGUUAUAUAGAGUUAAGAAUAGGUUAAAUAUUUAUUUUCAUAAUUAGACCAAAGACUAAAUAAAGGAGCUAGAGGCUGAAUAAGCUUCCUUAACAAAGAGUCUGUAAUACACUUCGAAGCCGAACGCGUGCUAUAUUUUCUUGGAGCCAUUGCUAGUAUUUAUCUAACGGUAAACAUUAGUCGGAAAGCCCUACGCGACACUAGCGCAUGUUCAAAGUCGAGUAACCGUAACGCGUUUACUCGACGCCGACCCGGCGUUUGUGCUGAAAUUAUUAUGAGGAAGAAUGGAGGCUUUCAAGUUACCCAUUUCGCUUUUCAGUACCACAUUGGUAUCGCGGUAAAGGUUCUUGCGGUUCUAGACUAUUGUCACUGUCGCUUAGUUUGUUUGUUCCUUUGGUUAUCAUACCUCAAUCCUCUACGAGGUUUUUACUGUAGCUCCAAUCCAAAUAAUGAUACAAUUUGUUUUAAAUAAUACAGCCAUUAUCUGUCGUUUUUAGUUAAGAAAAACACAAAACAGUACUAAGUGUUUACUGUACAUGAGCUGUAUAUGAGCUGCAAAUUGCAGUUUUAAAACAAUUUAGAUGCAAUCGACGAAACAAUAUAUCUAUCAUCGACUUGUCAGUCUGAUUACAGUUCUAGCAACUGCAACACAUUUUUUAUUUUAAUUAAGUAUGCAGUGGCGAUGCCAUCCUACCAAUUGCACAAAAACUGUUUUGAAACUAUAUACAACGUUGCAGCUUUAAUAAAGCAUGAGUGUAAGGACUUGGUAUAUUUUUUGUUCUUUUCUUUAGAGUCACAUUUGCUAAUAACGUUGAUACGAAAGAAAUCAGUUUAACGACAAAUUACAAAUGUUUAGAAAUCGUUCAACAUGCAGCUUUGUUUAACAAAUGACACCCCGUGGGGCGUCUAUCUUUUCCCUUUAGUCCGAUAGAUAAACUCGUCACGGUUGCUAAGAAAAUUAGGUUUGAAUCUUACAAGAAACUGAACAAAAAUACUAGAAUUUUUUUGUACGAUAUAUUCACCUUAUUGUGUUUUUUUUUAUUUUUACAUCUAUAUCUAUUAUCUAAUCGUACAUAUAAUUUAUUUCCCAACUCAACUUUCAGUUAGAUCAACUCAUAAAAAUGAACUUUUUAACUCUACACUAAUAUAUCUGUUUAAAUUUUAAACACACCUUAGUGUAAAUCAGAAUUCUAGUUACUUAUCUAACAUAUGAAUACUUUUCAUUGUAUAUCUGUGAAAAGAAAAUAAAAUGGCAUAAGCCUUUAUCAACGACCCACUAUCGUGCCUAGCUUCCUUCGUAGGCGAGGGAUAUAGAGUUAGGCCCACCACGCUGCUUCGCGGUUCGGCGGCCUUUGGGUGAUAAUAUUUGACUCUUCAUCAUCAUCAUAUCAGCCGAUGGACGUCCACUGCAGGACAUAGGCCUUUUAUAGGGACUUCCAAUUAUCACGAUACUGAGCCGUCUGCAUCCAGUGGAUCCCUGCUACUCGCAUGAUGUCUCAGUCCACCUGGUGAGGGGUCGACCAACACUGCGCUUUGUAGUGCGGGAUCACCAUUUCAGCACUUUGGGACUUUGGAUCUCCUCAUUUCUGAUUCGAUCACGCAUUGAUACUCCGAUAGCUCGUUCCAUCGCCCGCUGUGUGACUCUGAGCAUUCUUGUGAGGCCCAUAGAGCGACAUAUAUUGACUCUUAGCGAUCACUAUCAGAUGUUAAAUGACUGGAACUGAAGGCUUGCCGUGCUCUCCGAGAGACGGGUGUGUAACAACAGACUUCUUAAUUCUGAGUUGGGAAUUCCUUGAUAAAACUUCCAUAGCCCCAGGUUUCGAAUUUAGGACGUUUUUUUCGUGAUCCAAAGUGAUCCAGAGUUUUCAAUUUUGAGUUUGUAUACUCAAACGGUGAAGGAAAACAUCGUGAGGAAACCUGCAACCUGCAACCAGAGAAUUUUCUUAAUUUUUUGCGUGUGUGAAGUCUGCAAAUCGCAUUGGGCCAGCGUGGUGGACUAUUGGUCUUAAACCUCUCUCAUUCUGAGAGGAGACUCGAGCUCAGCAGUAAGCCGAAUAUGGGUUGAUAAUGCUGAUGAUGAUAAUGAUACUAUGAAUUAAUGAUUGAUAUCUUCAUACGUAUUACGGUUAGGAUAGUUAUCAUGUAAAAAAAUCAUUCUACAUAACAGAAAUACUAGGUAACAAAAAAAUAUACAUGGCGUCGCCUCGAUAUCGUCGCAUUUUGUUCGUGUUUUUGUAUUUAUAUAUUGUUUGUAAGUUAUUUAAAUAUUGUAUAUAGUAAGAAAUGAGAAAUAUAUAAAAAAGAGGUAUUCGGACGUUUUAGGAUAUAUAUUGUAAUGUGUUUUAUGUAAAUAGUUAUUGUUUGUAUGUUGUAAAGAGUAAAUGACAAAAAAAAAUGUUUGAAACUUGUGUAUGCGUUUAGGUUUUUUUGAAGCUCGGCGGUGCAUUGGCGGUUUUAGUCAGUUAUACCAUCGCGAUGUAUUGGGCUGUACUGUACUGUACUUGUGAACAUUGUGGCGUCGCUCUAUACGCUCACAGUACGCUUAGGGAUGAAACGGAUACCAUUGAGAUAUGGAUACUUUUACUCGCAACUGUAUCGGUCGUCAAGUAUCGAUACUUACACCUAUCGCAUCGUUUUUGGAAAUUUUUGAGUAAAAACCGUAACAUGUAUUGGUAUUCUUUAUUGUUGAGUACAUUUAUGAAAAAAAGUCUGUGUUUGUAGUGCUUCCCAAUAAUAUUAAUUUUUCCAAAUGUUUCCCAGUUAAAUUUAAGCGAAAUGGCGAGUAGUGACAAAAUAUGGAGGCAUUGUUUUUUUUUCGGGUAUAGACAAACAAGCUUGCCCACUACACAAACAAAAAACUAAAGCUAACUUUAAUAAUAUAUAAUACACAAUUUUCAAUUAUCAAUGUUUAAACAAAAUAGCGUCAUUGGUAUACUGAUAUGAAUACUUAAGACCGAUACCAAUUCGAUUCUUAAUUUCAAAGUAUCGAUACUAAAAGUACUUGGUAUCGGAGCAAAAGUAUCGAGUACGUACUUGUAUUUGCUCGUAUCGUUUCAUCCCUCGCGUGCAGCUUCAGUUUACUGAAACAUUGUUAGACGACGCGGCGUUGUCUUAUCUGCAUGCAAUCGUCAUUCGACGAGGCUGUUUGCUUUAAUACUCAUUUAAAGUCUCUACAUAUCUUAAUGAGUGACAUCCGAAAGGUCUCAGGUUGCAAUGACCACCCGUUUGUUGUCGUAUUGGAGAUUUUAUCUUGAUACGAGAGGAAAAUAUCGAAAUGCGAAUAUGUCAUCGUUAAAAACAAACUCUUUUAGUACGUUUGCAUGUAGUUUCAUAGUUCAUAUUAUAUAUGUAUUCUGAGUCAGUUAAAGAUUGAGCGAGUUGGCGACUCAAGUAUUUGGAUAUCUAUAGAAAAAAUUAUAGCUUUGUUAUGUUUUGUUCUUAAAUAUUUAUAUAACCAACAGACAUUCCAGUGUUAUAUUGUUUUCUGCAGUUUUGUUAACUAUUUCAUAAUUUUGAUAUAAGUACAUGGGUAAAUAACGAUGCAAUAAUUUUCAUUAAAUUUGAAGUACAUUUUGUAAUAUGAGGUGCUAUUGAAAUGUUUUUUUUAUUUAAUGGACCAGCUAUGUACAAUUAAGUAACUUAUUUGAUUGAUGGUAACAUCCCAGAUAUGGGAUUGUAGGACUAUUUAUAAGAAUAGUCCUUCAGACUAAUUUGAUUUUUCAUCAUACGUAAAUAGAUUUUCAAUUUCAAAAGUUGCUAAGACUAACUUAGCUGGUUCAAUGGAUAUUUUCAAGUGUCAAUAAUAUUAUGAACAAUAACAAAUGUAUGUGAAAGUUAUGGUGCUACGUUGUUGUGUUGCCUUAUUUACUAUUGUAAUAUAGAUUAGCUAUGCGUGCUAUGAUAUGCUAACAUUGUUAUACAGGGUGCUUCAUAUAUUCGAACACUACUGUCAUUUAGGGGAAUCUUGAUUUUAGCUUUAACUUUGACCAUAAAAAAGUUUGUUAUUUAUUACAUGAAAAUAAAUAAUAUAUAUAUUUUUUAUUUUACAGUCAAUUAUGUAUUUUGAAAAUAUUAACAAUAACAUAAAUUGCAUAUCGACUGUCAAUGUUGCAUUAUAAAUGAGUACCUAACCAUGUAGUCUCUAACAAAUGAAGCAUCCUGUAUAAAAGUAGCUUCCACCUCGGGAUUCCUAUAUUGGCGGGGUUAAAUAUAUAAGAAAGGCAUAUCUUUAAAAUAAUGAAAAGAUUGUACAAUUGUUAUAUCUUAGAAUAUAGGAGUUCUUUAUAAAAUGUUGUUAAGAUGUACACCAACCGAGUUGGACCCAUGAUCUCUAAUGAAUCGAUAAGUGCAUAGAGACCAGCUUAACUGGUCGCUAGUCCAUUGUAGUACAUCACUGGCUGUCAAUACCCAUCGGUGCUGUGCGGUGACGUCACAUUACUGAUCUGAACUGCAAAUUUAAAGUCUCUAUAUCUUUAUUUAAAUCUUGUUUCGUCUAUGAAUUUAAAAAUGAAAUGCUAGAGUUCUUAUUCAUAAAAAUAGCGUCUGGUUUAAUUUUAAUAAAAUAUUUAUUUAUUUUGGUCCUUCCAUUUUGAUAUUAUUUUUAUAUUUGUUUAAGCCAGGCCGUACAUAUUCUUUUUAUUAUAAUAUUUAUAGGAAACUUCUCACAGCCCUUGAUUCGCUUUAUUACCCAGUGCAUAAGACAGAUAUUCGCCUGGCAAAUUUGUAAGCAUCCUUGAAAUAAGUUUUAUAUUUUAUGUAAGAGGCACUCUGCCACGCUAAAUAUUUUUUAAAAUGCGUAUCUGUAAGAAAACUGUUAAGUGUCUCAAAAACUAUUAAUUGUACAAAAAAAUAUAAAAAGCAAAAAUUUAAAAAUAUACAUAAACAACAAAAAAAAUUAAAAAAUCAAUAAAAAAAAAUACAAAAAAAGUAUAUGAAAAUUAUACGAAAAAAAAGAAAAUUUUUACUUUGACUUUUAAGAAGGUUGUAUUAAUUAUUAUCAUGCAUGUUUUAUAUGUACUUUAAAUAUUUAAAGCGAUUAGCAUCUGAUUGAUCGAGUAAAGUAAUGCGGUUUGUAAUUCUUUAGAUAGAUUUGAUACUGGUUUGUUACAGUAUCCGUUCAUUUUGAACAAAUUGUAAUGGUGAACAAUUUUAAUAAAUUGUUAAAUGCGGUUAACUAGUUCCGCAAAGUUCUUGACGCCUUGACGAUAUCUAUGACCGACGCUUAGGAUUCAAUCUUAAAAUCCUUGCCUUAUUUAUCAAAUUAUUAUUUAGAGAAGCUAUUUUUUAACUGAACUGCCAAAGAGGAUUAUUAAAAUGUAAUUUUGUCUUAUAAUACUUACUAAGGAAAUAUAGUUUUUGGUAACAAAAUUUUAAUUAUGCAUUGGAGAACCAUAGAGCAUUCGUUCAUUGUGUAAAAUAUGUGAUAAAUACUUAAUGUAGGAACGGUUUCAUCUCUAUCUCUAAUAUAUUCCCUCAAUCUCAAAAUUAUAUAAACUAGUAUUACGAAAGAGAUCACAGAUGUUUUUCCAAAUAAAUAUAUUGGCCUAAGCUCGUUUUCAAAAGCAAGUAAAAGGGUGUCAAUUUUAUUUAUUUUUCUAAAGCUCUGUUUACGCCCAAAUAAUCCUUUUCACGUAUCUUACAUACAUGCAACCUUUUAUAUAUAAACCGAUAAAUAAAUGAUGGGCUACACAACCAUUUUUAUAAUUGACCAAAUAAUAUAAAGUUAUUUCUUUAUUAUUCAAUCAAUACAGCUAAGCACUACUUUCUAAUGUAGUAGGUAUCUAACAGAGUAAAAUAUUAAAUAAUAAUUAAUAUUCCGACUGACUGAAUAUACUUAAUAUAUCACUGCCAGGUUGGUGUGCAUUUCAAAAUUAGGCAGUUUUUGGUAUUGUUUAGAAUUAUUCUAAAAUAACGUACUAAGGCAGUGCUCAUUUGCAGAUCUCUGGUGCCGACAUAUUGAUCAGAAA